UAAAACUUGCAAUAAGUGAAUGAGUUCGUUUACAAACGUUUGAAUAUAGUAAAAAAAAUUACUUCGAUCAACAAACAAUGCACAAUGUUUCAAAUAUCCACUGACGAUCUCCUUACGGCUAUAGAAUUAGAUAGCCGGUAUUAUGGUUUUCUCGAUUUGUCGGAUCCCAGGAAUGCUGAAAUUAACGACCUUAUUCAACAAACCAUUACAGUCUUGCAAGAUGAAAUAGCCAGCUCCCAUUCAUCGAAUAUAGUCAAACAACGCGAUGGGAAACAUGCAAAUUCGAAAAGUAAUAUUCUGGUUAAAGAUGAACAUAUAAAGGAAAAUUCCGCACAACUGGAAUCUGACAACAAAGACAUCAAAUUUGGUUUGGCAAACGAAAUUGCGCCAAAAGGAAACCACCAAGGAAUUGAAGAAGUGGACAUAAACACUUAUUGCAAACUCGGACACCUGCAUCUUCUCAGAUCUGAAUACUAUGAAGCUCUAUCCGCAUAUCAAAAGUAUAUGAGAUUGUGUGAAAAAUAUUGGAAUAACCAUGCUUUUAUAUACGGACUAGGAAUCGUUUAUUUUGAAUUUCGCUGUUUCAAAUGGUCAAUUAAACUGUUUCAAGAACUUUUAUACUUGAACCCACAUUUCACCUGUGCAAAUGAAGUCCAUCUACGUCUUGGACUGAUGCUCAAGGUUAAUGGUGACUUUCGGAGUGCACUUAAACACUUGCAACUGGCAUUGGCGGACUCAUCGCCCUCUACGUUUACGGAUCUUCAAGUGAAAUUUCAAAUAGCUCAUCUGUAUGAAGUACAAAAUAAGCACAAAGCUGCAAAAGAAUCAUAUGAAUUUAUAUUAAAUGACAGAAAUGUAUCGUUGGAUCUGAAAGCGGACAUAUACAGACAAUUAGGAUGGAUGUAUCAUUGUGUCGAAUGCCUAGGCGAAAAAAAAGAACGUGAAUCUAAUGCGUUACGUUUUUUACAAAAAUCAAUUGAAGCGGAUCCAAAGUGUGGACAAUCAUUAUACUUACUGGGAAGAUGUUACGCUGGGGUUAAUAAGGUUCAUGAUGCUUUCUUAGCCUACCGGAACUCGGUCGAAAAAAGUGAAGGGAAUGCGGAUACCUGGUGCUCAAUCGGUGUCUUAUAUCAGCAGCAAAAUCAACCAACAGAUGCGCUCCAAGCAUACAUAUGCGCAGUUCAACUAGAUAAAGAACAUAGAUCGGCAUGGACGAAUUUAGGUAUUCUUUAUGAAAGUUGUGGGCAAUUGCGAGAUGCAUACGCAUGCUAUUUAAAUGCAGUUAAACAGAUUUCAAAACAGAAAAUAACCACUACCCAAGAAGGAAAUAAAGCUUUAUUAUUUACAAGCAGUACAAAUGGAUUAACUAAGGGCAUUAUCCAACGAGUAAAAUUUCUUGAAACACAACUGAGCCACGCACCACUGCCAAGUAUAACAUCUAAACGCCGCCAGCUGUGUUCAAUUGAAGAGGCUUGGAACCUUCCAAUAUCAUUAGAAAUUAACUCCCGUCAACAACAGCAAAAUCUUCAAAUGCAGCAAAGACAGUAUGGAAAAAACUCAUCUUUACAGGGACCGCCGCCACCGUACCCACACAACCACGGAACUCAAAGCAACCCAACACCAGCAAAACGAGCAAAGGACGAUUCCGACCUGUCCGUAAUGAAUCGAUCGGAGCAGCAAAUGCACAAUCUAUGUCAAAAUGAAAUUAGUACUCUACACAAUGUAAAACAGAAUCAAAAAAGUUUUAGUAUGCAGCAAGAACGUCAGUUACCCGCGCCAAAUCGCCAACCCUUGAGGAACAGCACAUCUCCAUAUGUAACAUCAGUUAUGCCAGAAGGAACAAAUACAUAUUGUUCUGAAGCAAUAUCAUCGAAAACCAUAAAGGAGGAAUCUGUUGAUUUAGAAGGCAUUUUUUCUUCGAAUGAUAAGGUUUCAUUAGACGUAAAUGGUCAGUCGAUUAAUGAACGACCUCAGUAUAUUUCGACGGAAUUAGUCGAAGACAUUUACCAAAGUGCGGCUGAUGAUGAUAAGAAGCCCGUUAAAUAUGAGGGUUCAACGCAAAGCAAUGACGACAGCCACAAUAUGUUUAAACAAAAGACAAAAGUUGAAUUUGAUAUUGAUGCUGAUGCUGAUUCAUCACCUACAUUCAACAUACAAAUGGAGUCUAAACAACUGUGGUCUGCUGUACAGAAUUUAUCGUUUCAUGAGCCACCAACAAAUUUUACAGUACUCUUGAGGAAUGCACCUCCGCCUGCGCCACCAGAUUGCCCACCACAGAAGCUUACAAGGGAGCAGCUCUUACCACCCACUCCAUCGGUUCACUUGGAAAAUAAAAAGAAUGCUUUUAGCCCACAAUUGCAAGAAUUUUGCUUAAAGCAUCCAAUUGCCGUUGUACGGGGUUUGGCUGGUGCUCUGAAGCUAGAUUUGGGACUCUUUUCAACUAAAACUCUUGUUGAGGCCAAUCCAGAUCACAGCGUAGAAGUCAGAACUCAAGUGAAUCAGUCUCCUGAUGAAAAUUGGGACGUAUCUCAAGCGAAGAGAGUUUGGGCCUGUAUAUCACAUCGAUCUCAUACAACUAUUGCCAAAUAUGCUCAAUAUCAAGCAUCAAGCUUUCAAGACAGUCUAAAGGAUGAAGGCGAUAAAGGUUCAGCAGGCUCCCAAGUGAUGUCAGAUUCCGAUUCUAAGGAUUCAGUAUCUAAUUCGAAUAUUAAUUUAAAACGUAAAAAGGCAAAAAACGGAAGCAAAAUGCUAAGGUUUGGAACCAAUGUUGAUUUAUCGGAUGAGCGAAAAUGGAAGCCUCAAUUAAGUGAAUUACAAAAAUUGCCUGCCUUUGCGAGAGUAAUUUCGGCUGCAAACAUGUUGUCCCACGUAGGCCACGUCAUUUUGGGAAUGAAUACUGUGCAAUUAUAUAUGAAAGUUCCUGGGAGUAGAACGCCUGGGCAUCAAGAAAAUAACAACUUUUGCUCAAUUAAUAUUAACAUAGGACCAGGAGAUUGUGAAUGGUUCGCUGUCCCAGAUGCUUAUUGGGGUGGAAUUCAUAAUCUGUGUGAGAAAAACAAUAUCAGCUACUUACAUGGAUCGUGGUGGCCUGUUUUAGAAGACUUAUAUAAAGAAAAUAUACCAGUAUAUCGGUUCAUACAGAAACCUGGAGACUUAGUUUGGGUAAAUGCUGGAUGUGUUCAUUGGGUACAGUCUGUAGGAUGGUGCAAUAAUAUAGCAUGGAAUGUUGGACCACUUACUGCACGACAGUAUUCUCUUGCCAUAGAACGUUAUGAAUGGAACAAGCUUCAAAGUUUUAAAAGUAUUGUUCCCAUGGUCCAUUUAAGUUGGAACCUAGCGAGAAAUAUAAAAGUUUCUGAUACGAAACUUUUUGAAUUAAUAAAAAUGUGCUUGUGUCAAUCUUUAAAAACUGUGUUUCAUAUACAAGAAUAUGUAAAGUCCAAAGGAGUCGAAAUUCGGUUUAAUGGCCGUGGUAAGAACGAGGCUUCCCACUAUUGUGGACAAUGUGAAGUCGAAGUUUUUAACGUGUUGUUCAUAAGAGAGCAAGAGAAAAGGCAUGUGGUCCAUUGUCUACCUUGUGUAUUGAAGCUAUCACCAUCGCUGCAAGGUAUUGUCUGUUUGGAGGAAUACCGAUUGUCAGAGCUCGAGCAUGUGUAUGACUCUUUUACACUGUACAGAACGCAAGGACUUGAACAAACCCAUUAAUUAACUUAAUUAACAUAAUAUUAAAAAUAUUUUAUUAUAUUGUACGUUUUUUACACCGAAAA